AUGAAUGACAUGUUAUGCAACGACCGCUCAAAAGUGACAAUUAGUGGUCAACAAGAUAUUGGUCUUCAAGAGCUGAUCACCACUUCUGACAAAAACACAAACACUAAGACUAAGUCUAAUGGAAAGAAAAGUGCAAAUAUUCUCAAACAGAAACUUAUUAAAAAUAAGGCACCGAAACAGUGUAUACAACAAAGUGAUGGCAAAUCGGCGUCUAUACCGUCGGUGUCUAUAAGUCCAGUGAAACAUAGUUUUGGAAAUUGCGAUAUUAUUAAUGGGAAGUUAGAGGAAGUGUGCGAAACACUGUCCGAUUCGAGCCCUUCGGAUACGGCGGUCGAUGUGGUGAUAGAGGGCGCCGAUGCGGGCGACGACGGCACGACCCCUACCCACUACUUCACCACAUCGGACGACUGGUCGGUCAGUUGGAAAGGCAUACUAUUGCCGAAGUUGACCAACGACUUCAAGGACGCCCAUCUGGAGGCCUCAUACCAGCGCUAUUCGCACCGUCAGCGCCAAAAAUCGCUGCUCAUUCUCAACGUAAUCGAUAUAUUGCUUAAACUGAGUCUUUUGAUUAUAUAUGCCAUAAGCGACGGCACGCCUCCCGCCGACGGGUCCGAUGGCGGCGACGCCACCGAUAGACUCAAGUAUCGCAUUUUGUAUAACAUUCCGUGGUUUGCGAUCAACGCCUCUCUCAUUGCGCUCAUCACGUGUUGGAAACAAUUUGCUAAUAAUUAUUUACAUUUGGGUGCUAUAUUCACUUGGGUUAUAUUCAAUAUACAAGGUCAAAUAGGAUUUGGUAUAGAACUACAUGAGGAGCAGUUGGAGAUCGCUGUGGCCGGGGGUGCCGUUUGGCACAUCCUAUUCAUAGUGUUCGUAACGUAUGCUAUGAUGCCUUUGCCUUUGAGAUGGUGUGUGAUAUGCGGUGCCAUCAGCUCUCUUAUGGACCUCAUUCUCGAAACCUUUCUCAACAAAGCAAAUGGAUAUAACAAUACAUUUAUAAGAAUGAUAACAGCGAAUGCAUUGUUGUACACGUGUAUCAAUUUGGUCAGUCUAUACACUAAAUACCUGACAGAUUGCGCCCAAAGGAAUGCCUUCUUAGAGACCCGACGAUCCAUUGAAACCCGAUAUAAGAUUGAGAAAGAAAAUGGAAAACAGCCAUAA